AUGUCACAGGGAGCGUCACAGCCGUGAUACGGGGUUCAGAAGCAAACCCAGGCAGCUGUGCGCAGUUGGACUUGUGAGCGCUUGCCGUACUGUCCCCAGCCCAUCCAGGACCCGCUCAGCCCCACCAUGGCGGAUCAGUACCAGUACAACACCAACGAGGAGAAGAUUGUUAAGGACAGCCACACCAAGGAGAUUGAUCUAAUUAACAGAGACCCCAAGCAGAUCAAUGAGGACGUGGUUAAGGUGGAGUUUGAGGAUGUCAUUGCAGAGCCCGAUGGAACACACAGCCUGGAUGGGGUGUGGAAGCUGAGCUACACCACCUUCACUGUGUCCAAAUACUGGUGCUACCGCAUCCUGUCUGCUGUGUUCGGUAUCCCUGUUGCUCUCCUCUGGGGCUUCCUGUUUGCUUGCAUCUCCUUCUGCCACAUCUGGGCUGUUGUUCCUUGCAUAAAGAGCUGUCUGAUUGAGUCACAGUGCAUCAGCCGCAUCUACUCCCUCUGCAUCCAGACCUUCUGUGAUCCCUUCUUCGAAGCCCUCGGCAAAAUCUUCAGCAGUGUUCGCGUGGCACUGCGCAAAGAAGUCUAAAAACUCACUCAGUCAUGUUUAUUGUAUGAUCAGAUGAUGUUCACUAUGUUUUUCUACACCAGAAGAUCAGUGCAAGCGCCUCGCCUACUCCCCGGUGUUCCUCGUCCUCCCUGGGAAACAUGCUGCAUGCUCCACCCACAAAACCUCACAGUCACAGAUCUGAGCUCUGAUAUGCCCAAUGUGCCUUUUAGCACCGCACGUUGUGCGACAGCUGCAGCAGGCGGCACGGCUCAGCGACAGCCCUGGCAGUCCUGGAGGGCCCUGUGUUCCACACCGAGGGAGGCGGGGCCCACCUGCCAGGAGGAAGACCUGACUGCUCUCUCUUAUUUGUAACACAGAGAUCUCAGGCAAUGGUUACUUUCAAUAAAUGUAAAGGAUCUGUGCAACACAUCUGUGCCUGCGGACGAAGCUGCCCACAUUUCUGCCCAUCAGUGCAUGUAUGAAGUUAUUUUUAGGUUUUUGUUUUUCCUCUAAUGUUUGAAUGUAUUUUAAAAUUUUAAAAUAUCUUAUUAGAAAAUCCCUAACAGAAUGAAAAAUUAAGCGUAUUUUGUCCGAUAGAUGCCUCGGUAGGCUGUUUAAUAAAUUAAUAAAAAUUAAUCUUACAGUUAAUUUAUGAAGAAGCUAACAGACUUUUGGAAAUAUUGCAGUUGUGCAUGCUUGAAAAUAUGUGAGUGGAAAAAUAAUCAUCGUUCUUUACUUGAGGUAUUUCUGUCAUGUGUGCUAACAAGUACAGUUCUAAAAACUGUCAGAGUGAGUUUUAUUUGUCUCUGAAAUCUGUUUUGUAACUUUUUUAUGUUCUCCGGAUAGUAUAGUACUUUUGUCUGUGUAAUACAAAAGAGUAAAAUUAAAUAUUUGCUGGGAGAAAGACUGUACGAAGAAGAAAAAACACUGUCUUUUUGAUUACUGCGUUUAACCACAUACAGGUAAACUGUCAUUCAAAAUUAUUUACACCAAAUGUUUGCUUUUGUGAAUCUUCAGUGCUCUAGUCUGUGAACAAUUAAUGAUGAUCAGCUUUCGCCACACACCCUUCCUUGUUGAGAAACUCAUUUGUGUGUUUCAUUCUGAUUGUUAUUGAUAAAUGUUUUAUGAACCUUUUUCAAGAGUCCAGGGAUGCGGGAGUUGAUCUUGGUGACUGUUGGGUAAAGCAGGUUAAAGCAUGAACAGGUCACUAGUCCAUCACAGAGCAAA